GCACCUCUCUCUUUGUUUCGCACACAUCUACAGCAAGAAUCCGAUCUGCCAUGGCGGCCCAGCUUCGGUGGUCCGCUCUCAAUCAACGCGUCGACGACCACUCCGGCGUUCACCGUCUUCCUUCCCUCCCCUCCCUUCCUCGUCGCAUCUGUGCCACCACCUACCUUUCUCCUUCCUUAUGCUCCCUCCGCUUCACUUCCUCAAGCCCUAACCUUCCCCGUGCUCUCUCCUCUUCCGAUCUCCCCUUCUCUGGAGGAGGUUCUGGAGGAACCACCGGCGGAGGCGGUGGUGGCGGAUCGGGCCCGGAAGGAACUCCCGGCGACCAUUACGAUGAGCAGCGCUCUGGCUCUUCUAGCUUGCUCGGCCUCUUCCUCGAAGGUUGGCGGGCUAGGGUUUCGGUGGAUCCCCAGUUUCCCUUCAAGGUCCUUAUGGAGGAGCUGGUCGGUGUGAGCGCAUGCGUCCUCGGCGACAUGUCUUCACGCCCCAACUUCGGCCUCAACGAGCUCGACUUCGUCUUCUCCACCCUUGUUGUGGGGUCCAUCCUCAACUUCGUUCUGAUGUACCUCCUCGCCCCUGCCUCCGCCUCUCCUGCUGCUUCAUCUUCCCUCCCCGGAGUGUUUGCUUCCUGCCCCACUGGCCAUAUGUUCGAGCCGGGGUCUUACUCGCUGUUAUCACGUCUCGGCACUUUGGUUUACAAAGGCGCGACCUUUGCGGCUGUAGGUUUUGCCGCUGGGCUUGUAGGAACAGCGAUCUCAAACGGAUUGAUCGCUUUGCGCAAGAGGAUGGAUCCAAAUUUUGAGGUUCCCAACAAACCCCCGCCUACGCUACUGAACGCUGGCACCUGGGCUUUACACAUGGGUUUGAGCAGUAAUUUCCGUUACCAAACUCUGAACGGUUUAGAAUCUGUAGUGGAAAAAGUAUUGCCACCAGUAGGAUUUAAGACAUCGGUGCUGGUUUUGAGGUGCUUGAAUAAUGUGUUUGGGGGGAUGUCGUUUGUAUUGCUUGCGAGGCUGACAGGGUCACAGAAGGUAGAAGCAGAGAAGCAAGAAGACAAGCAAAGGCUGAUUGAUAACGGUGUCCCUGCAGUUUCUGAGGUUGAAGAUGCUGAUUUGCAGAGGAGUGAGUCAAGUAAGUGAUGGGUAUAGUGGUUUUCUGUCAAAGAAUGGGGAAAUGCGCAAUAUCUUAAGAAGAAAUAGAACAGAACUUCGGAUGUAUUAGUAGUGAGCUUAGUAGUUUCACUUUGUUAAUCCUCAGAGUAGGUGCUACUUCUUUUCUAUAUUGAAUGAAUAACUAGGAUUAUGGGUUUCUCACGUUCUUUCCCUCAUAAACUCUUUUAGCUGUUGUUUGCUAAUCUUUCAAAAAGAAGCAUCUCAUGGUCUCAUGAUAUGUACAGAGA